AGUGUUCUGUCAGAUAGUGUGUCGUUAGCGUUGUGUCAUCUGGUCGCUUACUGGAAGAAGAAUCUAGAAGUGGACCUUUCAGUUUCCCCUCUUAUCCAUAUUGUCUUCGUUCCUUCUGUAGCCUACCACAUCUUCAAUCACAUAAUUACUCCAUCCAUCAUCCAUGCUGGGUUCUUGAAAUCCGGUAUUUGGGACUGUGACUGGGAGUAGCCUUCCGUCAACUAUCGCCAUCUAGCGGGACGAUUCUUCAACUUUGCUAUCACAGCCACCAUGGCUCUUAAAACUUUCUUCACACUGAACGAACUCUUGAGCCUGUUGACCGUCGUCCUGGCGCGCGUCUCCCUCGACUUCUCAAAUGUGACGUCACCGGACCACAUCCGCGCUCUGGAGGACUUUACCAUCUACGCCUUCCUCUCCCACCCCUCGACGAGCACCUUCACGCUGAAGCUGAACUCGAAGGCUAUGCAAGGGAUGUCCCAUCUAGUUGAUCAGCAUGGAAAACUGCCCGCAAAUAUCACGAGCCCAGAAGAAAAUAUAUUUGUUGAAACACAACCCGAGGAGCCCAAAGUGAUUCCAGCGCUGACAGAGGAGCAGAUUCGCGCCCGCGUUCCAAACGUCAGCGAAGAGGCCAUGGAAAUUCUGAGAGUGAUCUUCAGUGGCCAGUUUGCGGGUCCUCUCACCCUCGUCCCGUCAGACGAUGACUUCGACGACGCCAUGAAGAUCAUGUACGCCCUCAGGACCGGCUGGGAUCCUAAUCACAUUGAUCCUGAUCCGAAGGUGGUACCGAUCGACAAGUGGAAAUUCCCAGAGGAAAUAGAAGAGUAUUUUCUCCAGCUGACGAAAGAUGAAGACAUAUCAGGAAGACAGUUCUAUAGCCCAGCCUCUCCUCUCCAUGUGGCGCCAGAACAUCUGAAACAAAUGAUGGCCACCUCAUUCACCCUUCCCAGGAACCAUGAUUCAUCCGGGAUUCAUAAACUGUCAGUAGCUCUUUAUCUCACGAAGAAAUUUGACUCCUUCGGGCUGAUGGUGGUCGAUCACGUCUUUUCCGCCGUUGAAUACUUCUUUUGGUUUGACCAGGAUCUGCAGGGAGUGAAUGUCAUCGGCGUUUUGGCGGGAACGAAUUGGGGAACGCCGCAAGACAAACCCAUCAUCAUUGGGGCACAUUUUGACACUGUACCAGACACUCCGGGACUGGACGACAAUGGCUCAGGGUUAGCGGCAUUGGUGGAGGCUGCCCGGGUCCUCACCUCCAGCGGAUGUUCCUUCGCUCACUCCAUCUUCUUCGUAGCCUUUGAUCUGGAGGAAGUCGGAACUCAGGGAUCACUCAUGUUUGUUAAGGAUUACCUCGUCAAGUCCAUCAUAAAAGAAUUUGGCAUCGAAGAAGUAACUGGAGCCUUCAUCCUGGACUGCAUAUCCAACUGGGAUCCAAACCCGAACAGUCAGGAGUUUCCUGAUCCCUGGGCGUCUUAUCUGCCAGGUGUUAACGAGAGCAUAGCUCGGCAUAAUUACACCGGAGAUUUCACCGCAGUUGUGUAUCGAACGGAAGUAGACACCCAUCUAGCCAAGGCAUUAAAUCGUUAUUACCGUGGACUGGGCCAUAACAAAUACAGACUGGAAUUGAUGGGCCUGGAAGAACUCGGUUCCAGCGUGCCAAACAUAUCAGUCUUGAGAAACCACUUCGACUUCAUCCGUUCAGAUCACGUUCGUUUCUGGUACCUGAACGAUACGGAUUACGAGAAGUCGAUUCCUGCUGUCCUUGUCACGGAUAUGGGUCCGUACCGUGGCUACAUGAGAGAAUGCUACCACAAGUUCUGUGAUAGUCUACAAGAAGGGCUGCAGGACAUGGGGAUGGUGACGAAAGUGACGCAGGCGGUUGUCUGGGCAGUGGCAGAGCUAGCAGAAGGAAAGUGUGGUCCAAGGGGAAGGCUCUCCAUACCAACUCUCUUCAGUUUGAUGGGGUCAUCGAACAGACAAGAUCCAGGGAAAGGGAUGACCAUCGAAUCUGUGCAGACAGCCAUGGAGAUCCUUCACUUCUUAGGACUACUUCCUUCACUGUCAGCCCAAACGGAACCGUGAAGAGAAAGGCCCUGCACAUAUUUAUAACCUAUUCUAUUUUUUUUAAGUUUUAUUUUAGAAUGUGAUGAACAUUAUAAAAAUAGAGAAUUAUUUAUUUUUCCAAAUUUUAUUUUCUAUGCCGAAGUGUAUGAUAUGUAUACUUAUAAAAUGGCGUCCAAA